AUGAGUUGCCUUGUCCUUGAUAGGAAAUCUGGUGGUUUCUCGUUCGAAAAUUGUUACAGGAAUAAAGUCAUCGAACAAAAAGGCUUUAAAUUGCCCAAAGCAGUAAAGACUGGAACAACAAUAUGCGGAGUCGUUUUCAAGAAUGGAAUAGUUCUAGGUGCAGAUACACGGGCAACAGAAGGUAGCGUAGUUGCUGAGAAAAACUGCUCAAAAAUUCAUCGCAUUGCAGAAAAUAUAUAUUGCUGUGGAGCUGGAACUGCAGCCGACACUCAAAUGGUUACACUGAUGAUUUCUUCGCAAGUCGAGCUUCACCGUUUGAAUACGGGCAGGACUCCUCGUGUUAUCUCUCCACUUCGUCUCCUUAAACGCUAUCUUUAUCAGUAUCAGGGUUAUGUUGGUGCUGCACUCGUACUAGGUGGUGUGGACUCAACAGGCCCUCAUUUGUAUAGUAUUGCACCGCAUGGGUCAACGGAUAAAUUACCAUAUAUCACAAUGGGUAGUGGGAGUCUUGCGUGUAUGUCUGUACUUGAAUCAAGAUUUAAAUUUGACAUGGAACAAGAUGAAGCCGUAAAAUUAGUACGUGAUGGAAUAGCAGCUGGGAUAUUCAAUGAUAUGGGGUCUGGUAGUAAUGUUGAUAUAUGUAUUAUUACUAAAGAUGGGACAACCUAUAUACGAUCAUAUGAUGAAGCUAAUGUCAAAGGCAAGAGAGCAGAAAAGUAUAAUCCUCCGGAAGGUACCACUUCUGUUCUCCACAAAAGUGUUCAUCAUGUUGAGUUCGAUGUGGUCACAACACGUGUUGUUCGAGAUAUACCUGCUCAUAGUGUUGAGACAAUGGAUCUUUCUUAA